UGUUCUCAGCUGUCGGACUUGCUAUGCAUGCCUACAGAAAGUUAAAGUGAAAGCAACAAAGACGUUUACCUCUUGGGGACAUAGGUACAACUUGCGUAGCUUAACGAGCGUCUUGUACCUGUGAGGAUUGAACAUGUUUUCCCUGACAAUGACCGUACAACCACAGGUGACUGUACCCCUAAGUCACCUCCUCAACGUCCUCCACUCUCUGAAGAGUUCAGUGGGGAGCAGCAGCAGUGCCACCAGCAAAUCAAGAAUACACAAGGAGCAUGCCUCAGACCCAGAACUACACUGCUCAGAGCCGAUGCUGAAUCUGCGGGAGCUUGGCUUAUCAGACCUGGGAGCACAGCAGCUGGAUGACUUGGUGAGCCAUGUGUUACCACGUUUCAGCCCACAGGAGGCAUCACUUCCAUAUGGUAUCGGUGGUCAAACAGCCUGGAGGACUUCUCAUCUCUCUACAUCCUCCUUUUUCCACAACAAGCAUGGGUUCUCAUGUGGUUCCAUGUCAGCCCCAGUUUUUUCCAGGCAGCACCCCUUUCCCCUUCAGUCUUUCAGCACAGAGCCUCACUAUUCAGUCUGGGUCCAGAGCAGAGGCUUUAAGACUUUAAGGAACAAAACCAGAAGACUACAGUCAUCCUUUGACCGCCCAGUAGAAUCUGAAGGGUUUACACCAUCUUUCAUGAAGGGUUUCCUGACACGUGACAAGGGGAUUGAAGUGGAAAAUCUAGACAGCAUAUUGAAAAACAAAAACAUACCUGAUGGGCAGCAGGACUCUUUUAAGAGGGGCUUCGCUGAAGGUUUCCUGAAAGCUCAAGCCCUGACACAACGCACGCAAGACUCUUUGAGAAGGACUCGUCUCAUCUUGCUUGUGCUGCUCCUUGUUGGGCUCUAUGGUAUCUCAAAGACCCCCUUCAUAUCGGUGCGGUUCCGAACCACAUCAGGCCUGGACUCUGCAGUGGAUCCUGUCCAGAUGAAAAACGUGACAUUUGAGCACGUGAAAGGUGUAGAGGAAGCUAAGAAUGAGCUGCAGGAAGUGGUGGAGUUCCUGAAAAACCCACAGAAGUUCACAGCCCUUGGAGGAAAGCUGCCAAAAGGCGUUCUACUGGUUGGCCCUCCAGGGACUGGUAAGACCCUACUAGCUAGGGCGGUGGCAGGAGAGGCAGAUGUGCCAUUCUACUACGCCUCCGGGUCAGAGUUUGAUGAGAUGUUUGUUGGAGUGGGAGCCAGCCGCAUUAGGAACCUUUUUAGGGAGGCUAAAGGUAAUGCUCCCUGCGUGAUCUUUAUUGAUGAACUGGACAGUGUUGGUGGAAAAAGGAUUGAGUCUCCCAUGCACCCUUACUCUAGACAGACCAUCAAUCAACUACUUGCUGAGAUGGAUGGAUUUAAACCAAAUGAAGGCGUGAUCAUCAUCGGAGCCACCAACUUCCCAGAGGCUUUGGAUAAUGCACUGAUCCGCCCGGGACGUUUUGACAUGCAGGUGACUGUCCCCAAACCAGACGUGAAAGGACGCACGGAGAUCCUCAACUGGUACCUGAAGAAGAUUAAAGUGGAUCCAGCUAUUGAGGCCAAUAUCAUUGCCCGGGGCACGGUGGGAUUCUCCGGCGCUGACCUGGAAAAUCUGGUAAACCAGGCUGCCCUGAAGGCGGCAGUCGAUGGUAAAGACAUGGUCUCCAUGAAGGAGCUGGAGUUUGCUAAAGACAAAAUCCUAAUGGGCCCUGAGAGGAGGAGUGCUGAAAUAGACAAGAAGAACAAGCUUAUCACAGCAUACCAUGAAUCAGGUCAUGCCAUUGUAGCUUACUACACCAAAGACGCCAUGCCAAUCAACAAAGCCACUAUCAUGCCCAGGGGGCCGAGUCUGGGACAUGUGUCCAUGCUCCCGGAGAAUGAUCGCUGGAGUGAGACUCGCUCUCAGCUGCUGGCCCAGAUGGACGUCAGUAUGGGCGGCCGUGUUGCAGAGGAGAUCAUAUUCGGUCGUGAAUACAUCACAACAGGAGCAUCAAACGACUUUGAUAGUGCCACCAAGAUCGCUAAGAUGAUGGUGACCAGAUUUGGAAUGUGUGAAAAGUUGGGUGUGAUGACCUACGCUGACCUGACGCAGCAGAGCCCAGAGACGCAAGCAGCUGUGGAGCAUGAAGUCAGGUUGUUAUUGAAGGACUCUUAUGAGCGUGCCAAAGCCCUCCUGAAGUCUCAUGCCAAGGAGCACAAGAGCCUUGCAGACGCACUGCUCAUGUAUGAGACUCUGGAUGCCAAAGAGAUCCAGCUGGUCUUGGAGGGCAAGAACCUGGAGAGCAGAUGAAACCAGCCAGGGUGACGGUAAUUAGGGGGGUCAAUGAGGAAGAUUUUAAGAGCUCAGGGGUUACAGAGAUAGGCUAGGGCCCAUGAGCUGUGAAUCAGAGACAAAGUAUUUUGCCGAGUGCUCGUGGGGGAGGAUGUCGUAUCUUCAUGCUGUCACCUUUGUGUAAACUCAUAUAUAUUCCCAGAUAUGUAGGGACGAUUUCAUGCUUUCCAGCAUAGGAAUGUGUUUGAUAGAUGUCUGAUUCCAGAUAAAGAUAAUGUUGUGAAUGUUGCUCAGGUCACUUUAUCAGUUGGUAGGAGGAGAUAAUAUGUGAAUGUCAGUUGAAAUUUAAAAUCAGUCGCUGGAUAGGAUUCUUAUUUCUCUUAAUUGUCAACAAAUUUGUAGAAAUUUAGACAUUCUGUUAAGCCAAGUCUAAAUAUUCCGUUUUUUAUCCCGUCGAUAGGAAAUUCUGAGUGGCAUGUACCAUCAACCCAAAGAGCAACUGUUUGUUGGCCUCUAGUGUUUGUGUUUAUAUGCUAUUUGUCUACUAUAUCCUCAAAUCAGAUAGGCUAUACUCACCUUCAGCUUAUGUGUGUCUCAAGCUGCCACCUAGACUUGUCAUGUUGCAGUGUUUUUGCUGUGAUUCUUUAAUCACUGAAAAUAUCAUGCAUAUACAUUCUCCUGUCAUGCUGUACCCCUCUGCAUAUUCCCAUAUUUGUCUGAGCCCUAUUGCUUAUUUUAAAGGUGGCCUUUUGGAGGAAAUGUAAGCGUGUAAAGUUGAACUACAAUAUCUCAGCACUUUUUGGCAAGUGUAAAAUCAAAAAUACACUUGUGCGUUCUUUAUGUUCUGUAUUUUAAUGCUGCGUGUACAGAUGUAACAGAAAACUGCUGCUCAGCCUCAACCAGCAUGCAACAAGCUGUGUUUAUGUAGUGAUAGAGCAUUGCAAGCUACAUGAUUUUUAAAGUCAUAAUGUUGGCCUAAUCUAUCAAAAUAGAUAAUAAUCUUAAGAUUAUUCAGACAAACUAUAAGGCCAUUUUUUUCUGUUAUUAUCCAUCACCAUCUCUUUUGUACCUCAACACAGAGAUUUUCUCACCCGCAUCUUAUGCUCCAUACCGCUCUGUAUUGUAAACAAAUUCUUGCACAUGGCAGCAGAAGAAAGAUGCCAGUGUUCAGUAUUAACUGGCACCGCUCUGGGUGUUAGGAAGUGUGUCAAACACAUGGAGUUUAAGCUGUAACUGACUAUUAAUUCCAUUUGUAAAGUGAUAUCCUAUUUUCUGACUUGUCUUCCUCGUACAUUGAAGGAAAAUUAUCCAUCUUUAAAUGUUGAAUAUCUACAUUUUGAAACAAAUAGUUCCAACAGCGUAAGUGUAUAUAACCAUAUUUUAGCAUUUUAGAACAUUGGUUUCUUUCUUCGUGAAAUCUUGACAACCUGGUUGUCAAGAUUGCGGCCAGGUUUUAAGUUAUACUUCAAUCUUUUUGGUUUCAUUCGUUUCUCAGCCUUUUACUUGUCUAGCUGUAUAUAUGAUUGGAGUGUAAUGGGAACAUUGUAUAUAGAUGUAUAGAAGAGCUUUUAUGCUGUGUGCAAAAUGAAUGGCUGUCUUCUGUUGAUUGACAGAAUCUCUUAACAAUGUGAUGGCGAUGGUUGAUGAAUAUUGGUGCAACUGAAAUUAAUAAAAAAGAAGCCCAAAUAAAAA